AUGCGUGUCCACCGCGCCUUCUUCGCCUGGGCAUCCCAGCUACAGCAAGGGCAGGGAGUGUCUGCCCAGGCGAAGGUUUUCGCUCAAGAAGAGCUCGACGGCGCGCAUGAGGCUGCAGUCACCAAGGCAUGGCUCAGCAAUCGCGCCGGCAAGGCCCUGCGCACGAAGUGGAAGGCGCUAACGCCAGAAGAGAGAGAGAGCUUCUUGCAGAGCACUGCUAACGACACAACCUGCGACGCCCCAGUUCAAGCGCCCGAGUCGGCGGCCGACCAGGCUCUGGCCAAGCUUCUACGACAGCGCAAUCAGCUCUGUGGCUCUGUGGCGCGAGCCGCGAUGUCGGCAGAGCUGGCUGCUAUGGCGAUGGCUGUUCGGAAGCGUGAUGCCGAUGGUGUUGCUGAGUCUGCUGCCGCGGUUAUUGAGUGCUUGGGUGCGCAAGUGGCUGGCAGCUUCUCGGCAGGAGCACGAGACAUAUUACUCGUGUUGAUGCGGGAUACGGCGGCUCAUGUAUCUGCCACGAGAUCGUAUAAUUUGUUGCUUUGUGACUCUGAAGCGAUGGAAGCUCAUGAAAUGACGCGAGACUCGGCUCGAGAGGCCGUGGCAACGUUGCGCGACUUUACAACCGACUACAGCGGCGUCAACCCAAGAUUUAAGGAGGCUGUGGACAACCAAGUGCCGUUCAAUCCCCGAUAUGCUAGGUAUUUGGGAUCCCUCGCUUGGCAGAGCCAGCUUGACUCGGGUGGCAACGCUGUGCCGGUAAAUGGAUCGGAUUCUUCCUGUACUGGUGAUUUGGGAGCAGAGCCUGAGCUGGAUGAAGAAGCUGCCUCCUCGCUGCAUUCUGCAUCUGAUCCAGACCUGCCGGUCCCGGUCCCUAAUUCUGACGGAGCGAUAGCUGAUUCCGCCCUCUCGAUGGUCGUCAUGAGCGACAAGAUCGCUAAUACUACGCCAGCUUCGGCGCAUGUGAACUCAUCGCCUCGCCCAUAA